AGCUGAAGUUAAUUGCAAUAGAGUUAUAACUUCAGAGAGACACAGAGGAGAGAUGGAGGGAGAGAGGAAUGGGAGUUCAGCGGCAUUGACGAAGAUCCCAGCGAUAAAGUUCAAGAAGCUGUUCAUCAAUGGAGAGUUUGUGGAUUCCAUUUCAGGAAAAACAUUUGAGACAAUAGAUCCAAGAACAGGAGAAGUGAUAGCAAGAGUUGCAGAAGGAGGCAAAGAUGAUGUUGAUCUAGCUGUGAAAGCUGCCCGAGAAGCUUUUGAUCAUGGACCUUGGCCUCGCUUAUCUGGCUCAGCAAGGGCAAGGAUACUAAUGAAACUGGCAGACUUGAUCAACGAGAACGCGCAGGAGCUAGCCGCUUUGGACACCAUUGACGCCGGGAAGCUGUUCAGCUGGGGCAAGGCCAAGGACAUUCCGGGGGCAGCAGAUCUUCUGCGUUACUACGCUGGCGCUGCCGACAAGAUUCACGGGGAGACACUAAAGAUGUCGGGCGAGUUUCAAGCUUACACCCUGCUGGAGCCGAUCGGUGUCGUCGGCCACAUCAUUCCUUGGAACUACCCAACUACCAUGUUCUUCUUGAAGGUUAGCCCAGCCCUAGCCGCUGGCUGCACCAUGGUUGUCAAGCCAGCGGAGCAAACUCCUCUUUCAGCUCUUUAUUAUGCUCAUCUAGCUAAGCAGGCUGGUAUUCCUGAUGGAGUGCUGAAUGUAAUAACAGGGUUUGGAAGAACAGCCGGUAAGGCUAUGUGCUCUCACAUGGAAAUUGAUAAAAUAAGUUUUACAGGAUCGACAGAAGUGGGACGCCUUGUAAUGCAAGCUGCAGCAACGAGCAACUUAAAGCAGGUGUCACUUGAACUUGGGGGAAAGUCACCUCUCAUCAUUUUUGAUGAUGCAGAUAUUGAUAAAGCUACACAUCUUGCUCUGUUAGGCGCUCUAUUUAACAAAGGUGAAAUUUGUGUGGCUGGUUCGAGAGUGUUUGUCCAAGAAGGGAUUUAUGAUGAAUUUGUGAAGAAGCUGUUGGAAAAGGCAAAGAGUUGGGUGGUUGGGGACCCCUUUGAUCCUUCUGUUCGACAAGGACCUCAGGUAGAUAAGAUUCAAUUUGAAAAGAUACUUUCAUACAUCGAGCACGGCAAAAGAGAAGGGGCCACUCUUUUAACUGGUGGGAAGCGCCAUGGCAAGAAGGGAUACUACAUUCAACCAACAAUUUUCACCAAUGUUACGGUCACCAAAUAGAGAAGUAAGCCCAAAGGGCCUUUGAGGAGGUAGGGCCAAUUUUGGCCCAGCAGCUCAGGCCCAAAUUGAAGCCCAGCUCGACCAGCCAUCUCCCAGGUAUAUAAUAGUUGUUUCUCGUUUUGUGACCUACUUCUCUGGCCGUUUGCGACUCCGUCCAAAACCCUAGCUUAUCCUCUCCUCCUAUCUCGCCAUUUCUAUCUUCUCCAAAAGCCUGGUUCCCUUAUCCUCCUUUGACGGAUUUUUUACUGGUUUCGGUUUAUCUCUUGAUAGCUAUAAAACCUAUGUGGGUUCGAUGGGACGGGUGUGUGAAAAAGAAGAGAAACUUAGUUGAACUCGUUGGGUCUUUGUGUGAACCAUUUUUGUGUGAUCUUCUUGCUGUGUGCUGGUACCGAGCUGGGCCGAUAGGACAUCGGUUUGGGAGAGCUUCUCGUUGGUUUGCUGUAGGUGAUGAUAUACAGAUCUGAGCCUUGAAUAAGCUGUAACUUUCAUUGCUAUUUUAAAAGGGAAGUUUAACUUUCUGUUCUUGUGUUUGUUGCUAUCACUUGUGAUUUGAUUUGUUCGCUACUAACAGAAAGUGUUUUGGCUUUGUGCGAGAUUAUUUUCCCAACAUACUUUCUUAAAUUAAUGUUAUUAUGUUACC